UUUGUCAAAUGACAAAAGGCCAUUGAAUUGAAUGGGGAGAUCCGUUCUAUUCAUUAUAUUUCUAUGGUUGACAUCCUUCAUCCGGGACACGGAUAGUCCCCCUGCCAUGCAGACACGCGCUGACUCUCACCGUCUGUACGAUGACAUCACGGGGUAUAGGAAUGGCGGCUCUGGCUGAUGGAGGAAAGAGCCAAAAGACCCUGAAACUUUACUUCUAACAUAAUUAAGAAAGAUUCAAAAUUGAUUGAAACAACAUACGGCAACGGAAUAGAACCGUAAGAACUCGAAUUCCGUUUGAUUUACUGUUCAAUAGCGACGUCCAGUCUCGGAAGUUGACUACUGGCACUGCUGACUUCAGGCUAGCGUUGUUAGUUAAGCUACCUGCUAAUAUCCUAUAGCUAGCUUGUUUAGCUAACGUUGGUAGCAACGUCAGUCAUUAUUUACUCACAUUUUAUUGAUUGAUAAAUUAAUAAUUAUCCGAAAUAAAUCAUUGUUCUAAUUAGUCGGCACGUAAUAUUGCUACUAGGCUGGUUUCUGAGGACAUUCAGAAAGGUGAAAUAAAAAAACAAAACCCUUCUUGCCAUAGCUAGCUAACUACAGUAGUAUUUAGCUAAGCUGAGAAACUAGCAAAGCUGACCAGCAACGUCGCUCCUCUCGCCUUGUUGAGUCCAGUUCUCACAAGGAUAACAAAAUUAGUCUGCUGAUCGCGUACUUUUGAUGCCAUAAUGGAAAGUUUAACGUUAACUGAUGUGGAGCAGAAGUAUUACUCUGAUUUGUUCGUUUAUUGCGAUACGGACAACACCAAGAAAGUGGCUUCCAACGGCAAAGUUCUUGAUCUUUUCCGGGCGGCCCAGCUACCCAGUGAGGUUGUCCUGCAGAUAACAGAGCUCUGUGGAGCCACUCGCCUGGGCCAUUUUGGAAGGAGCCAGUUUUACAUUGCACUGAAACUCAUCGCUGUAGCCCAGUCUGGACUGCCUCUCCGGGUAGAGAGCCUCAAUUCUGUCAAGGACUUGCCUCUGCCUCGCUUUGUUGUGGCCAAAAAUGAGCAGGAGGCCAGACACACAGCCAUGUACCCCGACUUGGAGAACCAGGGGCCUUACCAGGGUGUGAUUCCACGACCCCCGGGCCGAGGGCAGGUCAAGAAGGUGUCUGCCCACGAGGUCAUCCAGCCCUGUGUGCCCACAGUAGAACCACAGCCCGACACCACAUCCCCAGUGGUAUCUCCCCACCAGUCCCCUCCCACCUCGCCUCAUGCCUGGAGAAAGCACAAACGGCAGGCCAGCGGGGGGAACGUAGAGAGACCUCCUGUGGUGGUGGCAGGUGCUGUCUGGACACCUUUCAGAGAAGCACAAUCAGGACCUGUGGUGGCAGGUGAUGGGAUGUGGUCUGCACACUCACCUCCCCCCGUUCAGGAAAGCUGGGUCAGUUUGAAAGAUACUUAUCCCCCCUCCUCCAGCAAAAUGCCACCAAUGCGUCUCUCGCUGGUCCAGGAGAACUCUUCCAUACGAACGGUUGCGUCUGUUGCUACAGCCAAUGAAAUCCAAAGACAGUCCAGUAGCGGUUAUGACGACCCCUGGAAAAUCACGGACGAGCAGAGACAGUAUUACAUCAAUCAGUUCAAGACCAUCCAGCCUGACCUCAACGGUUUCAUUCCUGGUUCUGCCGCAAAAGAGUUUUUCACUAAAUCAAAGCUACCUAUUCUUGAACUGUCCCACAUUUGGGAGCUUUCGGAUUUUGAUAAAGACGGGGCGUUGACACUGGAUGAGUUCUGUGCUGCAUUUCAUCUGGUUGUUGCUAGGAAAAAUGGCUAUGACCUUCCCGAAAAGCUGCCAGAGAGUCUUAUGCCAAAGCUUAUUGACUUGGAUGACUCCGCAGAGGUUCCAGACCAGGCCCCUGACGUCGGCUACUCGGGCUCCCCCGUGGAGGUGACCCCAAACAAGUCCCCCAUGCCCUCACUCAACCAGACCUGGCCUGAUCUCAACCAGGGCAACGAGCAGUGGGAGACUUUUAGUGAACGCUCCUCCAGCUCACAAACUCUGACCCAAUUUGAUUCUAACAUUGCACCAGCUGACCCUGAUACAGCUAUUGUCCACCCUGUUCCCAUCCGCAUGACCCCAAGCAAGAUCCAUAUGCAAGAGAUGGAGCUGAAGAGAACCGGAAGUGACCACACACAUCCUACCAGUCCCCUGAUGGCUAAACCACCUGAGCUCUCUGAAGAAACCUCUAUGAAGUUUGUAACAGCUAACUCUGGUGAUGGUUAUAGCAGUUCAGAUUCAUAUACUUCAGAUCAAGACCCAAUUACAAGUGUUGUAACAAGACAAAGGUCUAAUUCUGGGACCUCUCCUGAAGGUCUAAAGGUGGUGGCUGCCCCCCCACCGCCCCCUCCCAGGCCCAACGCCUCCCACUCCCGCUCCUCCUCGCUAGACAUGAACAGAAACUUUGCCGCUCACCCCACAGGGCCACAGCAAUCUGGAGUUGUGGCCUGUCCUCCAGCCAUACCUCCUAGACCGCUACCCACACAGACCUCUGGUCCUCAUAGUGGGCAUCGCUCGGAUGAGGGCCUGGCAGCUCACUCCACUACCUCGCCCCAGCAGAUCCCAGAGCAGCCCAACUUCGCUGACUUCAGUCAGUUUCAGGCGUUCGCUGCCUCAGAUCAGCCUAGUGACGACGGGGAGAAGCACCCAGAGAGUCUGCCAGUAGAGAAGUCUACAGAAGGGGCUGGGCCUUUGAGAACUGUGAAGACUGACAACCAGGAAGAGAGAGCUGCAGCUACUGUGAACUCUGCCAAAGGGUCCAUCAUGGCCCCCCCACCCAAACCUGUCCGCCGGAGACUGAAAUCCGAGGACGAGCUACAGGAUGAGGCCCUCCCCCCGAAGUCUAACGUCAUAGCCACUGUUCUAGCUACACUGCCAUCCAUUCCCAGGUCUGUUGGUAAGGAUAAAAAAGCAAUUCAAGCCUCUAUCAGAAGAAACAAGGAAACCAACACAGUUUUGGCCAGACUCAACAGUGAAUUACAGCAACAGCUAAAGGACUUACUAGAAGAGAGGAUAUCUUUGGAGGUUCAACUGGAACAGCUCAGACCAUUUUCCCAUUUGUAACCUGUGUGUGUGAGGAGGACAAGUCCAUGAGAGAAGAUAGGAGAGACCUGAAGGGGCCUUUUGUGUGAUGCACAUGUUAUCUCCACUGUCUAUUCCCUCUGCAUUCUGCUGUCUCUUCUGUGGGAACCAGAUGGACUGACCGACCGUCUGUCUGUCUGUCGGAUGGUCAGUCUGUCUGUCUGUCUGUCGGAUGGUCUGUCGGACAGACGGUCGGUCUGACUGACGGACUGACCGCCGGUCGGCCUGACGGUCGGUCUGUCCGCAACAACACACUCUGACUCACCCUCAUCAGACAGAGAACAGUCUUUCCAAAGGGGCUGGGAUAGGAAUUUUACAAAUAUUGGCACUUUUAUUUAUCAAAGAAAUAGCAAAGAUUAUUCUGGACAUCAAUCCCUUAUACUAUAUCACAGGCCCCGAGGCCAGACGGACAGGCACUGAACUGGAACUUGAGUCAUGGUGUACUGAAGGCCGAGUUCCCUCCCUCAUUCUUCCCCAUGAUGACAAGUGUCCAGUAGAGGAGCACUCUGGGGUCUGCCUGUGCUGUGUGUGGGCCUGGUCUCCUGGGACCUGUCGAGGACAGAUAAUCAUGCCAGUGAAGGCAUUGGGAGGAGUCUACAGGAGAUGACUCUCUAUCCUGGAGCGCUUUGGACUGAUCAUGUGACAGGAAUGAAUUAAUGUUCCAGUUUAUUACAGCAUCCCGCUACGUGGAGGGCUAUUCUGUCCGUGUGCGUCUCUGUAUACAUGUGUGUGUGCUGUAUGUAUGGUGUGUGUGUGUUUGGAUUUAUUUGGGCACGCAAUGGUUACAUAAACGGCAUGAUGAAAUGAGUGUGUAUGUAUAUUUUUUCCACUAGUCUUCUGCAAUUUAAUCUGUAACAAAAUGAGCUGUGUUACUAUGUGAAGUGAUUGACCCCCAGAUGACAGACCACCUUUUUGUUUUUGCUCCUGGCUCUGUAGUUGCUCAUGCUGACGCUGCCUGUGCCUCUCAAGGUACAUAAAUUGAAUCAGUCCUGCCCCAAACACAAGGUUCCCUGUGAGAUAUGAUAACCAACUACGGAAGCGAGACCAGAAUGAAACAACUGCACUUUUCCCCAUUCAUUUUUUUUGUCCCCCCCGCAUGUUGUUCAUGCUCUUAUCUAGUAUGAAGACAGUGCUUAAAUACAAACCACUUGAUUUCUACCUGUAUGCGGUAUCUUACCUAGUCUGACAUUUGUGUUGGUACCUACACCUUGUAUAACUGUCUAUUUCUGUUUUUCUGGAGCUUCUUGAGUUUUCUUAACCUGUCUUCAAAAGCCUUACUCCUGGCGUUCAGGUUUCCACUGUAAUCUAUUCUCCCUGUAUUGAACCAAGUUGAGCCUUCUUUUCCCUGCUGUUCAGGUUGAUGUACUGUAUAAGGGGUAUGUUGUAUAUGAUACACACCUUUUGAUCUCAUAUGUACAUUUGCAUUAAUUGCUGACUAACAGCAAAUAUUCUAUUUAAUUGCUUAUAUUAUGGCUGUGUGAUCAUAGAUGUUUAACUGCAUGGAUGUAUCUCUGCAGAAUGAACUAGCAGCUGUGUGAUUUUUACACAAAAUAAAAACUGCACAAUAUUU